AUGCUAUUUUCAAACCAAAGCCAGACUUACCAAACACAUUUAAAUACUAUCACGCUUCAAACGGCAGUCUAUCCAACGCUCCUAGACUCAAACCCGGCAUCAUUGUUUGAACUUGCGUUGGAAAAGCAGCAGCAACGUCACAUUGUACCCCAAAAGUCGCAGUUACCCGAUUAUAUGAAUCAGUCAAUCCAACAUCUGUCCCCACAACAACCAGAAAUAAGGCACCCGGCCUCCUCCGGGUUCUUUCCACAGGGUUCUUCGGCAAUGUCCUCUUUGUCUCUUUCCUAUCCAACCACUUCCAGGCCUGCCCAAAUGCAGAAUUCAUACUCUCAGCCUCAAUCACAGACACAAUCGCAGACUCAGCCACGAACACAACAACCACAGCCUUCACAGUCGUUCCAGCUGCCCCAGCAGCCCUCAGCCGUCCAAUCAGCGUCCUCCACGCCUGCCUACUUCUCCCCUCCGUACGGCAUGCACGAUAAAGCACCCAGCUCUGCAAAUACUCCCGACAUCUCGCCCCGUGUCUAUUUCGACGGCACAUCCUCACACCAGUCCAAGAUGGCCAACCAGGCACACCAGCUCACCUCCUACUCCUCAUCCUCGGGAUUCCGGUCCGCCAGUAUGGGCCGCCGGAACUCCCUGAGCCGCCGGAACUCACUCGGGCUCCGUGCACGCUCUUCAUCAGCCUCUUCCAGGCCCCGUUCCAGGCGGGCUUCUGGUGCAAGGAGGCGUGGGUCCUCGCGAGCCUCCUCGGGCCGCGAUUCUCUAGUCGAGAGGCCCGAUCGGGUGUACAAAUCGGUCAACAACCAGAAUAAAAUUAGCCCAUCCUGCUAUCUGCCGGCUGACCAGAAUGCAGACAUUGCUGGCUUUAACGAGGAAGAUGUAUACAUCCUCAAGAGUCUUUUACCGCUGGCCGAAUCGCACAAGUGGAAAUACCUCUCCAGCAAGCUCUCCCGGUUGCAAUCCCGGAAGUUCAAUGCCGAAUUCUGCGCUCGCAAGUUCCACCAGAUGUACCGCCUGCCGUUUAACGAGUCCAACUCGCUUCUCAAGGUUGUCUAUUCGCUGAAAGAUAAGACUCACAAGGAACCGGCUGCUAGUGGCAUAUCUGGAAUAAACUAUGAGGGUCUUAUAGGAAGCUCUCUGUCAUACAUUCUAUGCCGCGAUGGGUGGAAGUAUGUCGAUUAG